AUGGAUAAAUCCAAAACAUUCAGCUGCGCAUCAAGGGCGGUCGCUCGCACAUGCCACGUCGGAUUAGGUAAAAGACAAAAUGGAGUAGCAGUUUGCCCUUCGCUCCCCCACGCCGUCGUUGGCUUCGUCCAGAAGAAAAGAAAGAGGGAGAGAAACAGGAAAUCGCUCCAGCCCUUUUCCCUCGACUCACGCAUAUCUGUCUCGUUGCCGCCACCACCGCCUCGCCCCAUCGCCCGUUGUUUGCUUCGUCCUCCGGCGCCGGCCAAGCAGACUCCACAUCCAAGCGCCCACGCCUCCUCUCGACCCAGGCACGGCAGGGAGGACGAGGAUGUGGAGGAGGGUGCUGCCGAUGGCGCCAGAAGCAGCUCGACAAGAACCACCGUCACGCGGAGGCAAGUCGCCAUCGACACGGCCUCUUCGUCUGCGCCGUCAAGGGCCAACAGCUCCAGAUCCGGGAGCAUCUUCCCGGAGGCGGAGCCGGCGACUCCUGAUGCACCUGGUGAUGGGCGGGUUAGCAAUCUAGUCGACCUUCUUGAUGUUGGCUUCCUCACUAUGCUGCAACCACCUCCUCCGCAGGUGGACGAAUGCUACGAGCCGGCAGUUCCUGAAAUUUUUCUUGCAACCGGUUGAGGUUUUUCUCUGACCAUUUCUCUGGGAUUCCGUUUUUACACCGUUCAUUUGUUUGUGAAAAGAGAGGUGGGAAAGUAAGUGUUGUACUAGCGGUUGCGAUGGGGAUUAAUUCAAAAGAUUAGAGGAGAUAAGUCAGCAAAGAUUUAGGUGAUGUUCCUGCUGCUAAUGUGUAUGCGACUGAAAAGUCAGAGGGCAGAAGAGAAAAUUUUGCUGCUAAUGCAUAUACAAAGAGAGAGGGUUGGUGUUGCUAUUUUGUUCCCUAUUAGAAUUGGUCGCUCUAUGGGAUUCUUAUCACAUUUUCUUGAUCUGGGGUGAUUUUGUGUCCUUUUAACUGAUGCAUGUCGUGUGUGGGUUCUGUGGGGAUUCCACCAUUAGCAGAAAGAUCAAGACAAUGUGAUAACUUUGAGGCCAUAUUUUGUGUCUAAAUCUGCAGAGUUAUAUGAUGUGUAACAAUAACAUGGCAGUGUUGCUGAACGGAAGGACGUAAUUUGCUUGCUCUUUCUAAAUUUGUUGGUUUCUUCAUGCUAUAUUGAUUAAUAUUGUAAUAUUGUAAUAUUGUUUUGUCGGCUCCCUUGCUGUUGUGAUCUUCCUGUUGAAAAGGCAGUACGAACACUCGAUUAGAGGAUCCUGCUAGGCCUCUCUACCUCAUAGAAUUUGAUAUGGGUUGCCUUGUUCCUCUCAUUCUUAUUCUUCUCAGAAUUUAGGGUUGGGCGUUGAACAUACAUGCACAGGUUGGUUUCAGUUUUCUGUGUAAAUUGAAAC